AUGAGCCGCUCAAGUUCUCAACAACCAUAUUCACAAGACUAUUCAUCUUCUAGAAAAUCUGCGAUAAAUAAUACAAAUAAUGAUUUAUUUGAUAUGCGAGAUGAUAGUGUACGUAGUUAUCCAUUAAAUUCAAAUCGUUAUGAUGCAUCCGCUUAUUCACCAUCUUGGCGUAUAGCCCCAACAGCAUACGGUUUCGAAUCAAGAUAUUCUGAUAAUACUCCACGUCAAUAUGAACAAUUCCGUUCAUCUAACACUCCAUAUGAUAGUACAGGCAGCGGAGCACGAUCUCAUUCAUACGAUGAUUUAAUAACUGAACAAAAUCGCCCUCAAACAUUCUAUAAUUCAUCAGUACGAAGUGGCGGUAUAGGUGGUAUUGAUCGAAAUACAUUCGGUCACUCACAUCAACAACUCAAUACUACUGACGACGAUUUAACUGUAAAGUCAACUGAUUUAUCGGCACCACACGAACAAGAAAUGUUAGAACUAAUACGAGCAGCAUUUCGUAAAUACGAUUUACAAAAUCAGCGUGAAAUAGCUGGAUUUUUAAAACGAGGUGCCGAUAAAACAUUUCAAUCAUGUUGGCAUUGUAUUGUUGGCAGACAAUUUAGCUCGUAUGUUACACAUGAAAUGAAUGGUUUUAUUUAUUUAACAAAAGGACCGUUGAGUAUUCUAUUAUUCAAAAGUGGAUGUUAA